CGCACUCUCAAAAAAAUAAGCAGAAUGUUCAGUUCUACUUUCCUGUUCGCUUUAGUUUCCUCUCUUCCCAUUCUCGCGGCGUCGUCUGCUAUGUUGAUGUUGAACCCACUUGGAGCUCAAGAACCUUUCACGACUAAUCCUACUACGCCAAGUCCAUUUGACGAUGUGAAAGUCCCGGUCACGCUGGGGGUCAUGUCCCGCUGCCCAGAUGCUCAGCUUUGUGAGGCUGUCUUUGAUCAGGUGUUGAAGAAAGUGAGGGAUAAGGUUGAAUUUUCGUUGACUUUUGUCGGGGCCGUCAACGCCUCCGAACCCGACUUCGGCGUAACCUGCAUGCACGGUCCCUCCGAAUGCGCCGGAAACGUCCAACAGCUCUGCGCGCAAAAAUACACGCCGCUCGAGACCUGGUGGGAGUUCGUGAUGUGCCAGAACUACCAGUCGCGGGACCGGAUCGGCAACGCGGACGUCGCGUUGAAGUGCGCACGGGCGUCCGGAAUCGAUUGGGAGACGAGCGGGGUGGGGAGGUGUGCGGGGUUGGAUGGGAGUGGGAGGGCGGAGGAGGGGGUGGGGAUGUUGAGGGAGAGUGUGGUUAGGACGAGGGCGUUGGGGGUUACGAAAAGUUGUACGGUGAUUAUUAAUGGGGAGCAGGUUUGCAUUCAUGACGGGACGUGGCAGAAAUGCGAGAACGGUCACGCCGCUCGAGAUUUCAUCCGUCAGAUUAACAACGAAUACCAGAAGCUCAACGGCCUGGCGCUCGUCGACGAGGAAGCUCUCACUCUCGAUGACCUCAUCUAAGGAAUGGGUCGUCCGCAUCCCUAACCCAUAACCCAGUCCAGCACGCCCACGACCGCAACCACGACCACGAAUAACACCCCUUCUCUCUCCUUCUUCUUGCUAUGACUCCUUUUUAUACCUCCUUCUCCUUUCCUUCAUCUCUUGAUCCUUCAUCUUGAUCCUUGAUAUGCGUUCAUCAUCCACAUUCUCACGAAUCAUACAACAUGACCCCGCGGAAAGUGCUUGUGCUUGACGGACUGCGGUGGGACGGUGGAACCGGAAGUGGAAGUGGGACGGUGGAAGUGGAAGGAAGAAGCGAGGCAGAGGGCAGAGGCAGUAUGAUGAUAUGAUCAUUUCCGUCGUCGCAUCUUCACCCGAGGAUGAGUUCGUAGCCGAUUACAACGAGAUUGAACGCUAUGAGUGGUAUUCGCAUAAGCGUCCGCACCGCUCCAAUAAGAUUAAUAAGUCGUCCCUUCACUCCGAUAUCCUGUACGCCGCCGGCGCUGCCGCCGUAUUGGUCGUAUGGCUGUUGGAAGCCGACGGUUGGGUUGUUUGGCGUUGGGACGGUGGACCAGCCGAUUCGUGCAAGGAAACGGUCCUCGCUGAGGACGGCCAUGGAGUUGAUGAAGAGAAGAACGACAUAGAGGAUCCCGCCGAAACUUGGCAUGAUUGGC